UGCACUGUAUCACUCCUCUGGGGGAAACACUUUUUUUUUUGUAUUCAUUUUAGUGGACGUACACAUAUCAUGGACCUCCUUUUUAGUGCCCACCGGAUAAUAUGUCUUAUUUUCCUGAUGGCGGGUCAAUCCCGCCCCCUGUCACCUAAUGGCUCUAUAUAAGACAGCAAAGAGGGCCUGAUGAUAAGAAGCUGGUCUCCAGACAAGCCAUGCAGUUUAAAGUCCUCGUCUAUGUGUUCUUGCUGCACAUCAUAAACAAUGCAUCCUCCACAGAUAUCCAAGCCAGACCGAAUACAAACACCAGCCUGCCCUGCAAUGUGGCCCUAAAACUGGACAAGCUGGAUGAGGCUCUCUUCCAAGUCAGCUGGGUCAGCAACGGCUCAGAUGUGGCCUUGUUCAAGAAUGCAACCCCACAGAUAAAGGAUGGCUUCUUUUGGACCACAGGCCAUUUCCUUAAUGGAGACUUUUCCUUGACGGUCCUCAGUGUGGGUCUGAGCCUGCAAGGACUGUAUGAAUGCACAGUCCACUACAACUCCACAAUGCUGCACUCCAGCACGGUUACACUCAGCAUCAUCGCUCCCCCGUCUCUCUCAGUACCACAGCAAUGGGUGGUGUUGGAGACAGAGAGCCAGCUUGAAUGCCAAGCAGAUGCCUUCUACCCUCCACCUGUGUCUUUCAGCUGGACCAAGGACGGCCAAGAUAUUCAGUCUCCAUACCAGCUUGAAGGUGAAAAGACCCCUGAUGGCUACUAUAGAGCGUCUGGCAACCUCACUUUCUACCCAUCUCGAGGGGACCAAAAUGCAACCUUUGGCUGCAAAGUGAACCACAAUGGCACCACGCAAGAGCUGAAAUUUCAACUCAACAUCACAUACCUCCCAACUGUCAGACUCUCUGCCAUCCCCUCGCCUUCCAGCAACAGUCCCGUCACCAUCUACUGCGAUGUGGAAAGCUUCUACCCGGAGGAGAUGUCUGUAUCCUGGCUGCAAAAUGGCUCCAUUCUACCCACUUCACCCGGCAAUGAGCAGAACCCAGAUGGGACCUUCAGAAGCAGGCGCUACUUCACGUUGAGCCCUGAGCAGAGGUGGAAAAGCGGAGAGGUGCAGUGUGCUGUCAACCAGCCAGGAGUUCUGCAUCCGGUCCAAGCUUCGGGAAACCUGGAAGAACUGGAUCCUCAAGAUGAGCCACCGGUACUCACUAAAUCUGCCAAAGCAUCUGUGGCUCUGAUGUGUAUCUCCCUGGUGCUCGUCUUUCUUUUGUGCUUUGGCUUUUCUUGGCGGAGAAGAGACGAAAAGCAGAAAUCUCUGGCGGUGUCAGGAAUCAUCCUCCCUCCUCGUAUAGUCGUAGGUCAAAAGGGUAGGGUUAGCGUGAGUAUCGAAGGCAGGAGGGUGGACCGAGUCCAGACCACAUGGUUCCUAAAUGACACUCCCAUAUCCGACACCUCCCUCACAGGACCAUCCAGAGCAAAUUUUAACUGCCUUUAUAACCCUCUAACCACCAUCCAUCUGCCCUAUGGCCUAACUCUCACCUCCCUAGUCUCCGAGAAGGGUCCUCUGCUGCCCUCCAGAGGCGAGAUGGGUUACUACAAGCUGCACUCCCAGGGGCCCUUGCACUCCUCAGGAAGCGGUGCCCAGCAGCAGAUUGUGGCCUCGCUGACCUUCAUCCCACAGAUUUCCAUCCACAAGGGGGCGGUGUUUAAAUGUCAGGUUUCCUACGCCGGCAAAGACAAGAUUGUGAUGGAGAGAGUGUCAGAGAGGUUCACAGUCUUGUCUGCACCAGAAGUAUCUGAAAUUCAGCUGGCAGAGACACCAAAUGACUCAGAAAUCAUCAGCCUGACAGUCCGGGCAUCCCAUUUCCACCCAGAUGUCAUCACUUUUCGCUGGUUCUGCCAGGGGGGCGAGCUGAGCCCCGUGGCCUCCCAGGCCUCAUCCUCCCCUCGACCCGAUUCUGAGGGCUUCUUCUCAGCCUUCAGUCAGUGUAAACUUCCCCGCAGUGAAUUAGAACAAGGAAACACCAGAGUGUGGGUCAGCGUCCAUCACAUUGCCCUCAAGCAGCCGGUCACCCGGGAAACCAGAGGCUUCAUCAAGCAGCCGCGCGUGUCCGACAUCAUCAUAGGCUCCACCUCCUUCUCAUCUGACCAGGCUUUGACCCUUGGGUGUCAGAUCACAGAUUUCUACCCAGCCAACAUUACAGUCACCUGGCUGAAGGUGAGAGAGGGUGAGCAAGACGACAGCGAGGAUGAAGUCAUGGACGGAGGAGAGCUGUGGGGCUCCGUGGAGAUUCAGCCCAGGCUCUACAGGACCAUGGCCACGUUAAGGAUCACCGGCAACCAGGAGAAAAGACAGCGAGGAGGAGGAAUUAAAUGCAGAGUGGAGCAUCAUUCCCUGCAUGAACCCAUUGAGAGAUUUUGGAGAAAUGUUGACAUUGUUGCUCCCACCAUCCCGUCUUCCAUUUCGGUGUGUUGGAGCAGCGAAGGCGUGGGCGUGUUCUCUCUACUGUUAAAAGGGGGUCACCCCAAAGUCAAACUACAGUGGACGGCGGGCGGCGCCAUUCUCUCGCCGCUUGUGUCCAAUGAAACGGAGGAGAUAGGGGACGAUGGACAGAGGGAGCUCAAAAGUGUAUGCGCCCUCGAGAGGUCCACACAAGCACCCAGUCGGAGUCCCAAACUGAGGAACGGACAGAGAAUAAAAACAAAAGCGGUCAUCACAGACCCGGACGUCGACGGGAUAGCAUACAUUGAUGAAAAAGAGGACAGCGAAAACAACAACAACAUGGAAAAAUUCGAAGACACAAAGUUAUCUGAUGUGGAUGAGUGUAGCGAGGAAGAAGAAGACGGGGACUCCGGCGCUUUGCGUAUCAACAAAGUUGAUUUGAGGAAGGGCAACAGGGAAAGUGAGAGGGCUCGUCUGAGGGUGUGUGUGGAGAUCACACACCCUGCACUCACACUUCCUGUUUACAGAAGCUGGACAGAGCCCAUUGAAGAAAUAUCUUCUAUGUGAACAUGUGACAGCAACAAGAACUACUAUUAUUAUUAUUGCCCAGUGAAAAUAUAUCAUGACCUGUUUAGUGUUCAGAAUUUUUUUUGACACGUAGUUUAGUGGUUUAUUUAUUGUUGA